AUGAUGACAGGAUUCCGAUUAAACCUGGCUCCUGUUAAGGAACCGCUGGGUUUCAUCAAAGUGGUGGAGUGGUUUACAGCUGUGUUUGCCUUUGGAAGCUGUGGUGGCUAUGCUGGCAGAAAUGUGGUUUCAGUAUUCUGUGGUGGAGGCGUGAAUGAGACCUUAAAUGCAACUUUUUCAUACCCCUUCAGGUUAAACCAAAUGCUGCUUGUUGAAGGGAACACAACCAUUUGUAAUCAUACAGUGGCUGAGACCCAUCUGGUGGGAGACUCAUCAUCCUCAGCAGAGUUCUUUGUAGCUGUUGCCACCCUGGCAUUCCUCUACUGUAUGGCGGCACUUCUGGUUUAUGUGGGCUACAUGCACGUUUACCGGGACUCUGACUUUGGGCCUAUGUUUGAUUUUGUAGUGACAUCCAUCCUCACUUUCCUCUGGCUGGUGUGCGCUUCAGCAUGGGCAAGGGGGCUGCAGACAGUGAAGGAUGCCACUGACACGGCAGGAAUUCUUUCCACUCUUGCCCUCUGCAAAGAAAACGAUGUAACAUGUGAGGUCACAGAUUUUGCCAGCUUCCGCAGUCUUAAUGUAUCUGUGGUGUUUGGCUACUUGAACCUGGUGGUGUGGGCUGGCAAUGCCUGGUUUGUUUACAAGGAGACACGUUGGCAUUCUCAGAAACUCUCUUCUCAAGGGGUGGGUCGUGGCACUGUCCCCGCCCCUAUCUAA